AUGUCAACUCGAUUUUACUAAUAUUUAUUGUCGAUUAUGUCAACUAUUAUAAAGAAUGAAAAUUUAAAGAGACGCUUAAAGGAAUCGUUUUGUUUAAUGGAUACUGAUACUGAUGGUUAUUUAGAUUAUCAUGAAAUGAAAGCUGCAUUAAAAGCUUUGGGUUUUGCAGUAAAAAAAUCUUACAUUUUAUCUAUUAUACGAAUGUAUGACAAGCGUGGAUAUAAUAAAAUUUGUUUCGAAGAUUUUAAUUACAUUGUAUCAGAGAAGUUAAAUAAGCGAAAACCUUUAGAUGAAAUUAAAUAUGUGUUCAAAUUAUUUACAAAUGAGACUGCAAAUGACAAGAUAACAGUAGAAGAUCUCCAAAAAUUUAAUAAAAAGCUUGAUUGUGAUCUGACUAAUGAGGAAAUGGAACUUAUGAUUAAAGAAUUUGAUUUGGAUCAAGAUGGUUCUAGUAAAAUAAGGAUUUGAUUUUGAAUUAAUUAAAUUAUUGAGGAAAUUUUAAUUUUAUUGUUUAUUUCAUUCAUUUAUAAAUAAUUUUGCAAAUUAUACCU